UUUAGCUGUCAUAGAGAACUCACACAUGGUGCUAUUGUAGUGCACAUCUAAUGCAGAUAUUUGGUGACUAGAGUCACUGUAGCUCCAUUCACUUAACUAUUUCAGCUAGAUUGAGUGCAGUGAAAGCUGCUCACUGAUUUAUAAGAUUGUAGGCCUAUGUGCAGGGGAUGUGUGGUAGCUACAGCAGCAGCAGCGUGUACAGUACAUGGACGUGGUCAGCGGUGUUUAGUGUACAGUAGUCUUUAAUCGGUGCCAUUUGAGGUAUGACUGCACUGAAUAAUGUACAUAAAUGUAUAUGAUUGUGAGUAGAUGAUUGCAUACAUGUACCUGUCCGCCUUGUCUGACCUACUAAGAAGAUCAAAGGCUUUAUCAACUGUCCAACAAUUAAGUGAUAAGGAUUUAUCCAGUAACUAUAUUGGCAGAGCUGUCUAGUUGCUGUUGUGAAAUCAAGGUUGACUUGUUCUAAACGGAUGCAUUGCUAGCCUAAGGCACCAGGGUGACUUGAAGCGAGAGAACUGCUGGUUGGAGGAGGCGUGGAGAGACUGAAUUGCUACCAAGGGUAACCACCACACCGUCAACCUGACGACCUUCGUCCAAUUUCCCUCAUACCCCCUGACCAUCCUACCCACCCCCACUUUUCCUCCAUCCCCAUUCUACACCAUGACAACCACAGACGACACACCAGGAAUGGUGGGAAAUAGCGACACACCGAGUGUGACUCUCACAAUUAGACUGAUCAUGCAGGGCAAGGAAGUUGGCAGCAUCAUAGGGAAGAAUGGAGAAACUGUCAAAAGAUUCAGAGCAGAGAGUCGAGCACGUAUUAACAUCUCAGAUAGCUCAUGUCAAGAGAGAAUUGUUACCAUCACAGGCUCACCCGAGUCAAUCAACGCAGCAUUCUCACUAAUAACAAAUAAGUUUGAAUUGGAUUUGUCCACCAAUCCAAACAACAAUACUCCUGGAGGUGCACCAAAGCCGCCAGUGACGUUGCGACUUAUCGUCCCAGCUAGCCAAUGUGGUUCACUUAUCGGCAAAGCUGGCUCCAAAAUUAAAGAUAUCAGAGAGUCAACAGGGGCGUCAAUACAAGUUGCCAGUGAGAUGCUACCUAGCUCAACAGAGAGAGCUGUUACUAUUUCAGGAACACCAGAAGCAAUAACUAAGGCGGUACAUCAUGUCUGUCGUGUUAUGCUGGAGUCACCACCCAAAGGAGCUACUAUCCCAUAUAGACCCAAGCAGACAGCAACUCCUAUCAUCUUUGCAGGGGGUCAGGCAUAUGCAGUGCAUGGGAAUUAUGCUGUACCACAACCAGAUAUGGGAAACCAGUUAACCAAGCUGCAACAAUAUGCCAUGCAACACACCACCACCCCCUUCACUAUCCCAGGGCAGUCCCAUUUUCCUGCAGCAGGUGCAAUUCAGCAGUACAGUGCGGCAGCAACUAACAGUGUACCAGUAGCAGCAGCAAACCAACAAACUCAUGAGAUAACAAUACCCAAUAGUGUUAUCGGCUGUAUUAUAGGAAGACAGGGUAGCAAGAUACAGGAAAUAAGGCAGUUAUCGGGUGCAAAUAUCAAAAUCAACGAUGCCAAAGAAGGAAGCCUAGACAGGGUAGUAACCAUUACAGGCCAAACAGAAAGCAUUGCUUUUGCACAAUAUCUUAUCAAUUUCAGCCUUGAGACGGCCAAAAGCCAGACCUCUGUGACUGUUGACCCGUCUGUGACCUCGAUGACCUCUUUCACCACCUCUUCAUCACCCACCACCCUGACCCCGAAUUCCGUACCCUCGCCGACCAUCUCCCACGACAUGUCCACGAAUCCUCUCUCAAACAUUCUGAUGAAACCUGUUCCGUUGCUCAGCCUGGAUGCGCUACAGCAGAGCAGCAAUGCUUACACAACCAAAAUCCGCACUGCCACCGUUGCUGCCGUCACUGGAGCUAAGAAAUACUCCCCAUACUAACUUCACGCACUGCACGUUUUUUCGCUGGUUCACGCUCUUUAUUUAAUUGUGUUGAUUUUUAGUUUAAGGGGAAUGACAAUAUUGUGGCAUUCGUCUUUUUUCCGAAAUUGGUUCUCAUUUAAAUAAGUCAGAUUCUUCCUGUAAAUUGUGCUGUUUAUGUAUGUGUUUUCACUUGUGAUGUAUUUGCUAUUCCACAUGCACUUCCAAAAUUAAAUAUAUGUGUCGAGAAACAAUAGUACUUUAGUUCGCCAAGUUACGGACGUCUUCUUAACUGGGUUUUAUGGUCCAGUUUAGAAGAACACAAUUUGAUCUUAGUUUAAGCAGACAAAUAUUGCAAAAUGAGACAUUCAUUUCCUACUUGUAUCAAACUAGUCAGCAUUUGAAUUUUGUUCUGGUGGGUCUUUGAAGUAUGUUACUAUUGCUGAUGUCUCUCAAGGGUCUGACUCAAAUACCUUGAAGUUGUAGGUGAAUAUCAGCUUGUCAAAUUACUUCAACUUAGAAAACCAUCCCAAAGCACAAAGAAGAAUAUUUAUCUGAAGAUUUACUCUUUGAGAUUUACUGACUGUCAUAUCAUUGCUACUGGCUAUCACCAUUGCUGACUCAAGAAACCAUGUAAACUCAAAACAUAUGCAUUUAUUUAGUUCUCAUUUGCUGGGUUGAAGGUAUUAUACAAAUACAAAGUGGUUUGAUGGUGACUAUUUGAUAUUAGCUCCCCUUGGUAUUGGAAGUUGACAAACUAGCUUGUCAACUUCCAAUACCGAGGGGAGCUUAUUGACUAGCCACCCGAAAUAAACCAUGUUAUAUUUGUUUUACUAUACUUAAUACAUAUUCGGUUACCGGAACAUGAGUUUUGAUCUAGAGAAAAUGAUGACUGUGAAACAAAAUGCACAUGAUAAGUUUGAUUCAUGUGUUGGAUGUCGCUUAGAGAGCGCUGUUCCUGCGUGUAUACAAAACAGUACCACGAUCAAUAGCGCCCGGGGAUGAAGUCGCGCAAUGGUAUGACAAGUAGACGGAGCUAUUACUUGUCAUGCGCAUUUAUCUCUUGCGUGAAUACUCACAUGUGCGCUUGGUAAUUAGCAAAAUUAACACCUGGCACGUAAUGGUAAUCAAUGGACCAAUGAGAACUCGACUCUCGGUCAUGAAUAUGUAUGAGGUAUAGUAAAAGUUAAUACAACAGGUGUUUGGAUCAUUAAUCCUGUGUGGUAGUUAAGAUGCAAGAAAAGAAGAUGUUAAAUUGAUUGACAUUUUGUUAUUCUUUACAUGUUACUGUCUGUACUGUUCAAUCUUAAUUAUUUCAUACCAACUACAAGUUGAACAUCUUCCCCUAUAAAUUGUGCGUUUAUGAUUUUAUGGCUAAGGAAGUUGCAAAUCAACGAAAUGCUUGUAUCGUUUGGAGCUUUUUCCAACUGAAGUAUUAGGAUAUGGUUUGAUUAAUCAGGAUUAACAAAAGAAAAAGAGUUUACAUUAAGCAGUCAUUUCAUUCUCAGCAAGUUCUACAACUAUUUGAAGAUAACAUUUUUGUAAUUAAUCAAUCUUAUUUUUUUAGGGCGUUAUCAUUUCUAGUUUUGUUGGUGUGAUGUUGCAAACUUAGUUUACAGAAUAUGUUAAUUGAUAUCAUAUUUGCCACUCCUACCGGUGUAUUAGGAAAGUGCACUUGACAUGAGAUUGAAGUGUUGUGAAUGUAAGCCUGUAAUGGCCAAAGGAAUCACCUCCAAUGGGUUGGUUUGUAGGUUGGUUUGUAGGUUGCUCAGAGCUAUGUGCUGUACAAAACUUAAUAGUGUUCUAGUAUAUUAGAGAUUCACAUCUUGAAUUAAAACUUGAAUAAGUAGAGACGAAAGGCUUACAAAUUAGUUCUGCUUGUAGGGUUCAAAUAGAUUAGACUAUAGGGGGACAGUCAUACUAGUACCCAUAACUAGUACCUUUAACUAGUACCCAUAACUAGUACCUAUAACUAGUACCCACAACUAGUACCCACAACUAGUACCCAGCAGAUGUAUUCACAUGUAUCAUCGAUCACUCAUGUAUUUAUUUUAUUUUAUUCUGCAUUCUAAACAUGCUGGUUAUAUCAGCUUUAAAUAUUUGGUUUUCUUUUAAUAUUACAGAUAUGACUCAUUUUUCAAGUUAACAUCCAACUUCUGGUUAAAAAUAACUUCCAGCAUUGGUUUUCAGGAUUAGUUAGAUAUGUGGAAUUUAAUUUAAUCAGCAAAAAGCUGGUAAAGGUUUGAUAAAUAAAAAAAAAAUUCAAAACACCUUAAAGUGAAUAUACAUUAUGUAUUUUGUAUAGUUGGCCUUUAUUCCCCAAAAGGCAAUGCAUAAAUAAUAAGAGAUCGUUGUUCUGUACUUACACCAGCGGUUUAUGUUUUCAUGGUUUCAGUCUUUAGUUUUUUGUUAAUAUUGGGAUGGGAAAGCAUCUAAGUUGUGAACCAGCGAAACUGCUUCCUCGUGCUAGUAUGCAGCAUCGUGUAGUGUGUUUUGAUUAGCUUGCAAUUGUCUGGUAUUUUGUGUGUGCAUUGUGUAGCCGUGCAUGAGGUAACCCUAUGUACGUAGUUAAUAUGUUCACUCAGAAACUAAAUUAAUUGUUUUGCACUUGUUAAUGACAAUUGCUGUAUUCCGUAAUUAGUAUUCUCUAGCUCAUCUUCCAUUGUGUCAAAGAGGCUCCCAAAUCACUUUAUGUGAUUGCCUAGAUUGUGUAUAAAUAAUAACUUGUAAAAUUAAGGAAACAUCGAAAACCAGUUUUCCGUCCGUCCAUAAUGUCGCAGGUCGCAGACAGUCUUUUACAAACGUUAAGCGCAGGGAAUGAUCUAACACUUUAAUGUGUGCUUGGUGAAAGAAGUGUGCGGGGUAGACAUGUUCAGGUUAUUGUAGAAUAGUUUGCUAAUUUGGCAUGACAAUAGAAACAACAUCUUCCACUUUUUUGACGAAAUUAUGUAUAAAUUCAGCAGAAGUUGUGAGGCCAUAAAAAAUGAACCUGACCUAUGUAUUGAUUAGUGAAUGUUUAGUCUUGUUAGAGUAAAUAUAAUGGGAAAUGUGUUGAGAAGACGAUGCUUGAAAGGGAUUUGACGCUUUGGCUUUUGUUGAGUUGAAGAGAGAUGAGUUUCUUCAUUUCCAUCUCAUUUUAAAGAUGCAGACCAAUGCUGAGUGUUUCAGUAUGGUUUCAAGUUUUACAAAUGCUUGCUUCCACAAAAUAUUCAGCAUGGUGUUCUGUGUACCUUUGAGCAUUUGGUGUAAAGAUCCAAUCAAAUGUUGGUUGAGACUAAACAAAGUUUAAUCAGAAGAAAGACAAUUUAAUUUGCCGGUUGAUUAAAUCCCGUUUCUUUCCUCAGUUCAUCCUACCAAUCACUGCAUCUUAACAUCAUCAUGUUACACAUUGAUAGCAUUAUAUUAGAAGUAAUAGAUAGGCCUAGGUCUUGUGUUGUUGCACAAGACUUUCCAGAGCUAAAUAUGUACAUAUUAUUUGUUAGUAUUUUACUGCUGAGAGUAUAUAUCCUAAGGCCGUGUCCGAAACGGCGACUUCGGCUACAGCUACGGCUAGAUCGCGCGCGUCUGCCUAUUCUUCAACACUGGUAGACGCGCUAGUCUAGACGUAGCUGUAGCCGAAGUCGUCGUUUCGGACACGGCCUAACUUGUAGGUUCAUUUUAAGUACAUCAUGGUGGUAAGAUUUUAAUUAUUCUUCGUAUGAACGUCUUUAUUUUUUUCCCUGACAAAAGAAACAAGUCUGUGAAGUGGUUCUUACAUUUACUUUCUUUGUUUUCCUAAAAGCAAACGCAAAUCUACAACAUAAUUAAACAUAAUUAAGAAAGUUAAGUCAAUUGAAGUGUUUCACUUUAAUGUUGAACACAAAAUUGUAUUUUAUUGUUUCAUUGACUCAUUUGUGCACUUCCAACUAAUACGACCAAGGCAAAUUGUAUUUGAAACCAAGUAGUAAAUUAGUGUGUAUUCAUUAUAACAAUUGCAAUCUUUAUAACACUUGUUGGUAUUUAUUCCUUUUAUUUUGGUGAAAAUAUAAUUAAGGGAGAUUUGUGGGCUAAUCAGUAUUGUUUUUUGAUCGUUUUCAUAAUGUUAUUAAUUUUUUUUAAAUAACAGUUUGGUGAUGGUUUUGAACUGGCAUGGUUACUUGUGUAACCCUGCCGUUAGGUAUAACCUAUAAUUGGAAUUUUAGAAUCUUCACAGACUCAAAUUUGACUUCCAGGUUCCUGUUUUAAAAUAAUCUUUAUUCUUUGUAGAGUUUGUUUACCCUCUCAUCUAAACAUGUCUUAAAUAUAAGCCAUUAAGCAAUGACAUUAAUUUAUACAAUAAAUAUGCAUUCGAAAAAAAAAUAAACAAGAAUAAUACACAACAAUUAAACCCCAAUUAUUAGCACAGUAAUUUGUCUUUACGUAACUAGGUUGUAUUUGAAUUAUUAGACUUUCAACAAUAUAUUUAUCAAGCAAUUAUUUAACACAUUAAUGUCAUGCAAUGUGCCGACUACACUGAAUAAAAUCACUUUACCUCUACCACCACUUACAUUACUCCAGAUCUCAUUUUGAAUUCUAAGUGAAAAAGGAACUGGAAUAUAUUUAUUUGCAUCAAACAAAUCAUAUUCUGCACAGAUGACUAUCACAUAUUUCAUCUCAAUCUAUUAUUUUAUUAAAUUUGCUGAUGCAAUUGGAUACUUCCAUCAAGAGGUCAUCGUUGUAGAUCGGAAAGGUCAAAUCAUCCCCUCCUCUUCCUUGCAACAAACUGAUCACGACCAAUCUGCCGAAGUGCAAUCUCCAUUGGCUGUCACAUUCUAGUGGAAAACACGUCUUCUCACAGAUUUUGUGCAAAUUCGUAUCAUGCUUAUUUUGAUUGCCACAAUCGAAUUAAGCAACACAAUAUUUAGGGGUUUUCGAAUGUUAUAGUGUGGACAAACUCCGGCAUGACCCGUAUAUAAUCGUUAAGCUUUCAUAUUGAAACUUCUCAGUCAACACAUAUGUAUGUAUUUGUUUUGAUUUGAAUUAACGAAUCUGUACUUCAUCUUUAAUGGAUCUGGACAAGGAAAGUAGUCUUUCCCUUUUCCUUAAAGAACACAUUUAGAUAACACCGAGGUCUGGUGUUAGGUAACACCGAGGUCUGGUGUUAGAUAACACCGAUGUCUGGUGUUAGAUAACACCGAGGUCUGGUGUUGUCAUGACUGCAUUUAGCUAACUAUUAUGGGAUGGGGAUAACUGCAAAUGGACUGUAUUAAUUCUUAGUUAAUGACAACCUCAUUGUUUGUAUACCCUCUUCCACAAAAUAUCUAACCAAUUAAAUAAAUUUCCACCCUUAAAACUUCCUUAAUUCUGGGAGGUGUGCUGAUAUUAUAACAAUUGUUUGUUUAUUUAGUAAGGCUAGGUUGAGUUGUACUUAAUUUGUUUAUAUUGCUUUAAAUAUAUAAAUAUAUAUAUAUAAAUCAAUUUACUGUAAUGAUUCAUUUUAACCUGACACUGUUGUGUCGAUAUUACCACCCGUGUUAUGGUAUACCAGCUGUAGAUUUGUGUUCAUGUCAUACUAUUCAAUACUUAAUUUCAUUUACUAUGGCACUCAUGUUUCUUAGCAAAUUGUUUUAAAAAAAAUUCCCAAGAAAGUGAGUGAAAAUGAAAGUGGUAUAUAGCUGGUGGAUUGGACAAAGUGGACUAUGCUAAUCAUUGGACUGUAAUAGUUACAUUUAGUUAUAAUAAUGUUGGAAACAAAUUGGUUGUAGAUUAUUAAUUCUUUUUAAGCAUUUGCUAUUUUAAAAUAGAUGUUUAAGCUACUUAUACUUCCUCUCGCAGCAACCAUAGCGUAAGCCAGUUUCAAUGUAUAAUAGCUUAAUAUAACUUAUAAAAACAAUGUGACAGUAUUAAUAUAAUUCCAGAUGAUAGUUGGUAAAGUGGUUCAUGUUGACUUCACGGCAAGUGAAUAUAGAUCCUGGUAUCUUUUGUGGCAUUAACGUCUUCCAGAAAAUAAACGUUUGUUGGACAUUUCAAGAAAGGCAGCUUUGCAAAUCUUGUAAAGCUCCUUUUAUAUAUUCAACCAUCACUGUGAUGCAACCAUCACUGUGAUGUUAAAGGACCAGUCACACUGCAUCGAUAUUGAGAACGAUAACGACGCAAAGACAAGGCAUUCUAUUGGUUGAAUUGCUCACGCACACGCUUAUUCAACCAAUCAAGGAAGGUAUUGGUAAAGUUUUCAUUUUCGUUAUCGUUAUCAAGGCCUGUGUGACCGGGCCUUCAGUCUUCUCUUCUUUUAAAUUAAGCCCGUUUGAAAAAGGAAAAUACUCAACUUCAUGUCGCCCAUUUACUUGACUGGGCAUUUGUUUUACACAACUCCUCGAGUUAGCUUGUGACUAUAAAGAAAGAUGUAUAAAUUGCAAGGUCACAAUAUUAAACUGGUCAAUCAUGGUUCCAUGUAUUUCUUUGGUUAUAUGUUCAAUCAGAGUGUCACAACAAGAAUAUUUAUCUUAAUUUUUUGUUUUGUUUUAGGAAUAAGAAGAUUGAAAGGGGAAUUUAAAAGAAGAAAUUUGUCUACUUUGUAUUUUAACAACUUGUGUUUUUAUUGGUCCAUUAAUAUCUGAAAGAGUACCACCUUCCUUUUCCUGUAAUCUAUUUGAUGAGUAUAUUCGAUUGCUAAUAUUCAGUUUGAUUUAAAAUAUAAUUUGGAACACAACAACUGGUUUUAAAGAUAGCUACGGUUGAAUCUAACAUUAGUAUUUAUUGUGGUUUUUGCGAUAGGUAUCAGGGUUUGGUUUGUCCAGAAUACCCACUUUCCCAUAUUUUGUCAUCGAAAGGGAGUGGCAAGUAUAUCUGGAAUUUUGCUUUUCAAAGUUUUAUUCUCAAUUUUUCUGUGAAGAAUGAUGAGCAAAUAUUUAAAAGGAAUUGCCUUGACCUGCAGGUUUAACGUUGUUCAUUAUGUUAGUUAUAAUUUAGUUUGAACCUAGACUCGGGUGCAUGUAUGUUGAGUGAGCAGCAUGUAUGUUCAGUGAGCAGCAUAUAUGUUCAGAGAGCAGCAUGUAUGUUCAGUGAGCAGCAUAUAUGUUCAGUGAGCAGCAUGUAUGUUCAGUGAGCAGCAUGUAUGUUGAGUGAGCAGCAUGUAUGUUGAGUGAGCAGCAUGUAUGUUGAGUGAGCAGCAUGUAUGUUGAGUGAGCAGCAUGUUCAGUGAGCAGCAUGUAUGUUCAGUGAGCAGCAUGUAUGUUCAGUGAGCAGCAUGUAUGUUCAGUGAGCAGCAUGUAUGUUGAGUGAGCAGCAUGUAUGUUCAGUGAGCAGCAUGUAUGUUCAGUGAGCAGCAUGUAUGUUCAGUGAGCAGCAUGUAUGUUCAGUGAGCAGCAUGUAUGUUCAGUGAGCAGCAUGUAUGUUCAGUGAGCAGCAUGUAUGUUCAGUGAGCAGCAUAUAUGUUCAGUGAGCAGCAUGUAUGUUCAGUGAGCAGCAUGUAUGUUGAGUGAGCAGCAUGUAUGUUCAGUGAGCAGCAUGUAUGUUCAGUGAGCAGCAUGUUUGUUGAGUGAGCAGCAUGUAUGUUGAGUGAGCAGCAUGUAUGUUCAGUGAGCAGCAUGUAUGUUGAGUAUGGCAAACUAACCUUUACCCCUGCUGUAGACAAAAUGCACAUUUUGUGAAUUACCUUUGGUGUGUUCUGAACUGACAACAGACUUAUUGACAGUUAUUGAAAGUCUGUGCUAUGUUGUCCUUCCAAGCAUACUGAUGUAAUGUUUACCAACAUCAUUCAUUGUUGAGUUGUCAAUGGGCACCCUAAAAAUAUGUCUCUAUUAUGCAGAUUCUGCUAACUAAAUUGAACACAGAUUUAAGAUCCCUUGAGAAGUUCUUAAGUUUAUGUUUCAGUUGCAUACCAGAGGUUGUUGACAGAAAUCUUUUAGAUAAGGUCAUUAUAUAAAAUGAGCAUUACAAGAAGGAACUGUGGUUUAUAAACAGGUCCAUGAUGGUUUAAUAUAAGCAGGACAUACUAGUCUAGAUUAAGCUUAUUAUAUAAAGCAUGCUUAUUGUAUACUUUGAUGUGUGAAUAAAACAGCUGCACACAAUUA